AAAAUGAAGACCAUCAUUGCUCUCGCUUUCGUCGUCGCCCUAGCCCUGGCCGCUCCCCUGGAUGACUCCAAGACGGCUCAGAUCCUGAAGUACGAGAACGACAACAUCGGAGUUGAAGGAUACAAGUUCGCUUUUGAAACCAGCGAUGGCCACCAGCGUCAGGAGCAGGGUGAGCUGAAGAAGGUGGGCGAUGAGGAGGCUCUGGUCGUGCGCGGCUCGUACUCGUUCACCGCCGACGACGGUCAGGUGUACACCGUCAACUACGUCGCCGACGAGAACGGAUUCCAGCCGGAGGGAGCCCAUCUGCCCACGGUCUAA